AUGGAAUAUGGAAGAAGAUAAUUACUCAAAAAAGGAAUCAGAAUUUGUGGAAUUAAUAAAUAGAAAUAGCUUAAUAUGUACCUAAUAGAAAUCCUAACUAAUGUGGAAAAAGAUGGAAAAGAAUUUACGGACAUAGGGUAUUAUAUUUGAUUUAGAUAUUAGAAUAGAAUCAAUUAAUCUUGGAAACCAGAAGAAGAUUAAAAGCUAUUAUAACUUAUUUAAGAAUUUGGAAAAUAGUGGUCAAAGAUAGCAUGGAUUAUCUAAAACAGAAAUAGCAAAUAGUGUCGAAAUCGAUUCAUUAAUGCACUUGAUCCAAAAUUAAAAUAACAUAGCUACACUCAAAAAGAAGACCAAUUAAUCUAUCAAAAGUACUUAGAAUAUGGUCUUAAGUGGCCUUAACUAUCUAAAUUUAUCGAGGGUAGAUCGGUACUAUAAUUAUUUAUUAAAGGAUAACUAAAUAAAGAAUAGUUUACACGGUAGAAAAAACAAAAAAAUUAUAAUUUUUCUUCUGUGUUUCUUUUUUUUAAAACUGUUAAUAUUUAAUUUAUAAUACAAAUUUAUUUUUCUAAAAUAAAAUUGCUGUUAUUUUUGUCUCAACAAAUAUUUGUUGA